AUGGAAGGGAAUUUUCAAAAACGAGAUGUUGAAGAAGGGGAAGUGACAAAGAAAAUAACGGCUAGUAGUAGUAAUGCAACCAUACAGGGUGCUCAGGUAUCUUCUUAUAAUGCAAGGUUAUACUGGCCAGAUAUAAUAAAUACACCAGAGAAUCAAUGGACGUUCACCUGCACUGAGAUAAUAGAGAAAUUAAACACUCUAGGGACAGCUAAUAAUGAAUUAAAAAAAAAUAUGGAGACAUGUUUGAUGUAUUUUUAUAACAUGAAAAAAAAGCUGAACCUUUUUGACCACACUUACACGGCAUCAAGCAUAUAUUUUUUCAGAUUCUGGUAUGUGUAUGGUCUGCCUUCUUCACUAAUCAAUUGUAUUCACAUAUCACAGGCUAUUUUAGUCACUGCCUGUAAAACAAUGGAAAACAAUAGGCCCAUUGAUGUAUACGUCAAAUCCACAUGUGAAUUUAUGUUACAAAUGAUACCUGGUUUGAAGAACAAAUAUAAUAUGGAUAAACUCAAAUGGGAAGUGAGAGAUAAACUUGUAAAAAAUGAGAAAAGAAUUGUUUGUUCAUUUGGUUUCGAUUUAAAUAUCGAUAAUCCAAAGGAAAUGAUAGAAGAAAUGUUUAGUGGCUUUUACAGAUUCUCAAGAGAUUAUGAUCUGUCUAAUGAAUUCCAAGAAUCCUUCCCUAAAAUUUUACAAGAGGCUAGAAGUUUUAUAAUUCAGGCAGUCACACAACCCAUUUCGUUACUCUGCGAUGGUUAUGACUUUGUGUCCUUAGCAUUAAUAUAUUGUGGAGUACAAUAUAAGAGGAUGGUUGAUAAUGAAUUCAAAUUUCCGAAGGACUUCUUCUCGAAGAGGUUUCCGAGUAAAGUCACAUCAGAGAAAUUUGCAAACUUCUUCACUGAUUACAGAUUACUGGAAGAGAAUUUUUUCGAUCUCAAAAGUAAUAAAAAGGAGAAGCUGCAAAUAAGCAAAGAGGAAAUAGAUAGCAUAAUUCAGGAAACUCCUGAUGAACCAAAAAAUGAAGAAGAACCUGAAAGUGAGCUACUGCUUACACAAAAGAAUUUGUACGAUUAUAAUGCAAUUAAAUCAGGUGAGGUUAAGCAAGAACUCUUAGAUCACAUAAAAGUUAGAGUAGAUGCAUUAUCAGAGAGAAUUACAAAUGAGAGCAAAAAACGUUCAGCAACGGAAUCAACAGAAUCACCCUCUAAGAAAGCGAAAGUAUGA